AUUUGAUUUCGUUUCGUACGCCUCGAAGCGUUUUUUACUUAAAUUAAUAGAUAAUAAAAAUAAAUAAUAAACCCAAUAUGGAUGUCUUUCUAAUGAUUAGGCGAAAAAAAUUAACCAUCUUCACAGACGCCAAGGAUACGACAACUGUCUUAGAAUUAAAGAAAAUGAUCGAAGGUAUAUUGAAGGUGCCACCACCAAGCCAAAUGCUUUUCAACAAGGACAGUCAGUUAAUGGAGGACGAUAAGACGCUGGCGGAGUAUGGUCUAACAUCAGCUACAGCUAAAGCUCAGUGUCCUGCACCAAUUGGAUUAGCUCUGAGAAAAGAUUGUGGUGAAUUUGAAGCUCUGGAUCUGACCCCAUACUCGUCGCCCCCGGAUCUGCCCGAUGUCAUGAAAUCUCAGGAGACCAAUGGCCAGGAACAGAUGGAACAACACUAAACGACUCGGCGAAGGUUCACAGAGCAACAGGCAGCAAGUACCCGCGCGGCGCGCCGCUGUCCUUAAACUAUAUUUUUUGCAUAUGAACAUAUUUUGUUAACUAUUUAUCAACGAUUUGUGUUCGAUUUUAACAAUCUGUUAUGUCUACACAUUUCUUUGUAGUAUUUUUGUGAUGCUUUGUACGAAAGGAGUGUAGUGCUUUUUUGUAGUUUAUUAACUGGAAUCUAAACGAAUGUGGCAACAUUAUCAGUCGUGGUCGUCUUGUAUUUUGUUUAGCUAGAAACUCGUGGUCACACCACAAAACUUUGCUUAAAGUUAAACAUUUUUUUAACAUCUCUAUUCCAUGAUAUCAAUGGAGAAAAUAACACCAUCUAUUUAAGAUAGAAUUUAACAAUUAUCGUUUUGUAUCAAGGCCAAAAAUGGUGAUACACAUAGCUAUCUAUGUCUGAAGCUAGGAUAACAGGUGAUUCAGAGUUGGCUAUUGCUGAGUUCUGAAGGGGCGGUACAGAUCAUCAAAACAAAUUUUAAAAUGAAAUACUCAAAAAUGUGGCUAUGAAUUAGUAGAAAAAUUAGUUGCCAUCUGGCAAGACCAUA